AUGAACUUCUUUGAACUCAGUGAGCAGAAGAAAAAUCUCUUCUCUGUGAAAAUCAAGUUUUUGCAAACUCAUAUAACCCGCCGCUUGUCAUUGUCAAAGAUUCUCGCUACUGUAUUAGAGUUCUAUGAAGGAUUUCAAAUCAUGGGACAACAUCAAUUCAAACUUACAUUUCCAUUCUUUACUUGUUAUCAGUUUGCCGGUGUCUUUACUGAAGUAGGACCAAAUCAAUCAAACUUCAAAGUCGGCGAACAAGUCUUUGGAUCCGAAGGUGGUGGCGAUGUCUGGGCUGAGCAGACCAGAGAAGCAUACGUCGACACCUUAAUGAUGCCUGUGGCCAAGGACUCCUCUACGGCACAUGAUCUCCUCUUGAGACAAGACAAGGAACUGCGUGACAUAUCAAAGACUCAUCCUCAAUUCGAUCCCGACGUCUCUCUUCUACGAACAAGAGUCAGAGAUGGGUUUGCGGAUAUUCUAAUUAGACAUUUGGACUUUGCUGUUGACAAGGAUGUUGACGCAAUCCUAUGGAAGACCGUCCACUAUAGAGUCAUUGAGGACUUUCGGAAACGUAUUCGUCUCGGUCUUUCAGGUGUCGACGACAAGGCUGCUGCCAAAGAACGUAAAAAUGACUUGAAAGUCUUAUCGGCUUCCUUCCAUCAAUUCCUGAUGGAAUCGGCUGGCUUCUAUCUAAACUUGCUACGGAAAUUGAAGACCGAAUACGAUCUGGAUAUAGUCGAAAAGCUAGUCUUGAAUCGUCUCGGCACGGAACCAAAUGGUGCAGAUGCUGCACGUCAAAAGGCGACAAUAUCUAAAAACACUGUCUCUGCUGAGACUCAGGUCAGAGCUACACUCGUGUGUCAUAGAGUUCUCUUGCAAUUGGGUGAUAUAACCCGAUACAAAGAGUUCUACUCUGAUCGUAAAGAAAAGAAUUAUAGUACUGCCAAACUGUUUUACCGCCUGGCAGCACAAUUAGCUCCUGCUUACGGAAAUCCUCAUAAUCAACUCGCUGUCGUCGAAUCCCUUGAAGGAAACGAACUUGGAGCAGUCGAGCAUUAUCUCAGAAGUUUACUGGUGGCACAUCCAUUUUCGGCUGCCAGAGAUAAUCUCCUGAUCUUGCUGCAGAAAGCCAGUGGUAAAAGACUUCCCGAUGGUCGGUCAGACUACUCCAAGUUUGUUGACUUGUUCUUGGCGUUUCAUGGUGCUGUCUUUUCUCUAGACCACAAAACACCUGUGAAUGAAGCAAAGGGAGUAGUCAGCAAUGCAUUUAGAGAGAAUCUAGUCAAGAAGGGCACCAUAUCGUCUUCCAUCUUGACGCAAGUCUUUAUUGUAUCCAUCGGAUGUCUUUAUAUGGCUUCGUCUGCAGACAUUACCAUGAAGAUGAAUCUCGACAACCGAAUGAUGGCAGCUGUAGAAGAACUCUUGUCUCAAAUGAUCCAAACCAUAUCAACCCUGGUCGCUGGUAAAUUCGUCACCACUGGAUCAAGUACCAACUCAGCUCUCUCCUUUGCCGUAGCUCCACCACCAACUUCUCCAGAUGCUCUCAAGCAAAGCGCCAAGUAUCUCCCAGCCCUUAAACUAGUAGUUAAAUGGUUGACUGUAAAUGAUGCAGCCCUAAUAACUCGAACUGCUUGGACAGCUCUAGCUGAUGCACUCAAUGGAUUGAGUGCCGUAACGUUGAACGACUCGAGUGAUGCAGAUGUGACUAAAUCGACCUUCUUGAGUGAAGAUGUAGAUUUUGCUACAUUCACUCCUGUAAAUAGUGAUGAUGAUGUCAUGGAUGGUAGUAAACAGAAUGAUCUAGUUGAUAUGGUGGUGAGUGCUGCACAUUCCUCUCGUCAAUCAGAAGACGACGAGAAUAUGAUUCGAGCUCAUCAAAUCAUUGGACUUGCCAAGCAAUUAUGUAGAGAAAAGCAAACAAUACACCAUGCUAUAAGAUCCUCACCUGAUGGAAACGAAUAUGACUACUUUGCCAUAACUCCUAGUGCAGGAACUACGGCAUCCAUAUCACCAACCAAAUCAUUCGGAUUUACCAGCAAGGCUUUGUUGACACGUCCAGAAGAAACAUCACCUGCUCGACGUGAUGUUCAAAUGAUGGACGCAGAGGAUGAAGAUGUCGAUGAGACUGCCAUGUGGGCGCCAGGUCCUCAUAGAAACAACAGUAACGGUACCUUUAUUCAACAACCAGUCGCUGCUCAGCAAGCUAGUACCACCUUUAUGCCACAAUCGGCCAGUGGUAGUAACGUACAGCAAUUGCCUCCACCACAUCUACAACAAUCACCUUGGGGUAACGGUGGAGCUCAAUCUGCCUCUCCUCAUAGCAUGGCACAACGGUCAGCAUAUCCAUCUUUCCAGCACCCCACUCGUACUUCUUCACCAACAAAUCCAAUGGCUCCUGUAUUUGUCCCAACAACACUAGCACCUCAAACCGACUAUUUCGCAAACAUGGUCCGACCAAACCCUAUCAUAAACAGUGCACUGACAGCUGCACAGAAUGUGACUGCUAAACAAGCAUCAUUGAAUCGAAACCAGUAUGCUCGUGAUAUAGAGGACAUGCAAUCAGGCGAUGGCCGUGAUGGUGGUAACAUCCAGAACAGCAAUAGCAAUAAUUUCAAUAGUAAUAAGAGUCAAGGAGAUGUGUCUGAACAGGAGGAAGCUAUGAUGAAGUGGUUGGGACUUAUGGGAUCUCCUCCUUCACGAGGAGGUAACAAACCUAAAAUGACUGCUGAUGAGGUGAAGGCUGCUAGUACUCGAUAUGAUCUAUUAGGGUCUGGGAUGAAUCAGUCUAGACCACCACCAGGUCUCUCAGCAACCGUACGCCCUGAAAUAUCAUGGAGCGCAUUCGCACCCCCCCAGAACCUGCCAGGAGCAGGUCUAGGACGAGGCUUGUCAUCAUGGAAUAAUAUAGGACAUCAAGCAGCAUAUCGUCCAUCUCCUUCCCCUUCUUCGGCUUCGCAACCAUUCUCAUUUGGUAAUGGAGGAGAUGUGUUCGGUCGACUUCCUUCAACAACAGCAGCAUCACAACAGCCAACAACAUCUGAAAUCAGCUGGUUGAAUGCUCUGCCACCUGCUAAUGGAAAUGCGAACGGGAGUGGGAAUGGGAGUGUUUUUGGUGGUGGACGUGGUGCUGGGCAGCAACAGCAUGGAGGGUGGUAG